CACAGUCCUAGCUACGUACUACAACACCAAUACACCACCACCAACGCGUUUUACGACGCGCCCUCCUCUAAACAGCUCGACAAAGAUGAGCGUCGAACAGUUGCAUGCAAGGAGGCUCCUGUCGCACGCCGCUGCCACGGCUGCCCCGCCGGCGGUGCAGGUGCAGGUGUCUGCCGAGCACGCACACGCGCACGCGCACGCAGCAGCAGCGCCGGCCUUCAGCUCGCUGAACACGACGGUGAUCACGGUGCUGUCGCUACUCCUGUGCGGCCUGGUGGUCGUGCUCGCGGUGCACGCGGUCGUCCGGUGCGCGUUCCGCGUCACGCGCCGCGUGUGCUACGGCCAGGACGACGAGCCCCCCGGCGGCGGCGGCGGCGGGGAUGCGUUGGCGGCGGGCUCCUCCUCCUCCUCCUCCUCCUGCCAGGCCGGCCCCAGGAGGAAGCGCGGGCCGCGAACCGGGCUGCCCCCGUGGAUAGUCUACUCCCGCGAAGUGGAGCUCACUGGGUGUGGCGCGGCGGAAUGCGCCAUCUGCCUGACGGAGUUCCAGCAAGGGGACCGCGUGCGCGCGCUGCCGCGCUGCAACCACGGCUUCCACGUGCGGUGCAUCGACCGCUGGCUCGCCGCGCGGCAGACGUGCCCCACGUGCAGGCGGGCGCCGUUCGCCGCUAAACCCUCCCCCUCCGUGCCGGACAGGGCGGAGGCGACGGAGGCCGCCGGGCAGCUUCGGGUGCACGUUGAAGACGGGGCCGGGCAGCAGGAGACUCAAUAGCGUACAUACAGGCGUACAGCUAAUUAAGAUUUAACUGUAUAGUGCUUUGUGACUUGUAAGCAGUGGGCAUUUUUUGUUUCUGGACGUUCUCUCAUCUGUGAUACUGCGGUCAUGAUCGUUUUUUGGUACAAGGAUGUACGUAGAAGUGGCCCGUUCAGAUGGUAUGAGCUAAAAGUGAUACCUUCAAUUACAAAUAUAUGCUGAGAGCCUGGAAGAAGUACGUAAUAA